UAUUUCUGUCGCUUGGGAAGCACAUGCAGGAAAAUGUUGUGCAUUAAAUGUCAUAUUGACAUAUCAAUAUAUUGGAUUUUUCUCCUCUUGUUCUUCUUCCUUCCUCUCGUAAAUAUCAUUUCCCUGCGCUGCUGCCGCGAUUGUCGAACCGGUUGUCGUUCCGAACGGUCCGUUUUUGUCCGUUUGUCCGUCCGUGUGAGUACGUGUGUGCGUUUGUGCGCGUAUGUGUGAAUUUGGCCGCAGUUUGCAGUCGUAAUUCAAUAUUAUAUUAUUUUGCCAUCGGAAUUGUAAAACGGUCAUAAAACACGCACGCACGCGGCCAAACAAUGGAGCACGGAAUCAUUUCCAAAUACACGGACGUUCGGGUGAAGAUCAGCGGCUGGGACGAACGCGUGCAGCAGUUCCCGAAGGAUUGUCCGUGCUGUUCGGUUGGGAGGGCCACCUACCGCACCUUCGGCUACAGCAACAAGCACUUCAUCCCGAAGACGACGACCCAGUCCAUGUACGACGACGUGUGGGGUCAGUUUUGCGCGCACGGCCGCCGGUUCCACCCGAACGAGCACAUCGACUUUGAGUCGUACCGGUCCACCUACCAGAGGGACUAUCCUGGCUCGGGCGGCCCCCGACUCCCGCUGGCAUAUUGAUAGCAGUGGUGGUGCUCUGCAAAUUCUAGUUCCAAAUUUAGUGAUGACAAAGGUGAUUGGAAUGAGAUUGCAUCAAGGGAGAUUAUUGUUCAUGGCGUGAAAUUCGCGAAGUGUCCUUAACUUAUAGGCUGUUGCGAAAAGAUUUGAUCGAAAUGCCUCACAGAAACAAAAAAUUCAAAAAUUCAAUCGAGCUCCACCAAUGAUGAACGUGAAAAAGGAUUGCAACUUUUCUUUUUAUGCCAAACAAAUGGGCCAACCCAAUUGAUUCUUUUUGCUUUCUCCACCAGACAGAUGACUUUGGGCUCGGUUUAAAAAAAAACGAAAAUAAAAAGUACAGCUCGGUGUGAUGAAGCACCUCCCCGGUUUGGUUGAAAUAGUGCCAAAAUAAAUUUUCCCAGGCGUAUAACAUCGGGAUACUGAAACGGAGCUGGUUUAGAAUGGGGGCUGGCCGGAAAUUGGGGCAAAUAAUGUUUUCCCACUGAAUAAACGCACAGUGUCGGUCGCGAACAGUGCGGGCUGGAAAAGUUAUAAUAUGCGUCGAGAAAAUC